CCCACUUUGUUGCUGAAUCUCUUGGAGGGUCUUUCUGUCAGACUUCGUUCCAAGUAUUCACGUCCAUGCGAAGUGAUAAAAAUUGAGAUUCACACGUAAACUCACCACUCCAUGUGAUUUGUUAUCACUGGCGAUGGCUACACAACCGUCGCCCUCCGAACCAGGUCCGCAACCGAUACGCAAGCUUGAACAAUCGGUCAUCAACCGUAUUGCUGCCGGAGAAAUUAUACACAGACCAGCAUCUGCGUUGAAAGAGCUCAUUGAGAACAGUCUAGAUGCGGGCUCUACUUCCAUACGUGUCACAAUCAAGGAUGGCGGCAUGAAACUGCUGCAAAUCCAGGACAACGGGUCAGGAAUUCGUCACGACGAUCUUCCAAUCCUUGCACAACGUUUUACGACGUCCAAACUAGCUACAUUCUCUGAUCUAUCGCGCCUGACGACGUAUGGCUUCCGUGGUGAAGCGCUUGCUUCUGUCUCCUACGUGGCGCAUAUGACAGUGGUCACAAAGACAAGGGCAGACUCUUGCGCGUGGAAAGCAUGCUAUGCGGACGGCGCAUUGACCCUAGCAAAAGCGGGCACUUCUGCAGACCCUAAGCCUUGUGCUGGCAACGAUGGCACCACCAUAACUGUCGAAAAUCUCUUUUACAACACGCCAACACGGCUGUCUGCAUUGAGGAGCUCAUCGGAAGAGUACGCUCGUAUCCUCGAUGUCGUCACCAAAUAUGCCAUCCACAAUCCCCAUGUAUCCUUCACGUGCAGAAAGGCAGGAUCACCGACGCCAGACGUAUCCACGCCUUCGUCGUCAACAACCACCCAGGCGAUCCGCUUGCUCUACGGACAGUCCAUCGCCAAGGAGCUGCUGCACACGACAGUCUCAUCCAAAACUCCCUCUGAAGAGGAUGCCGACGAGGAAGUACCAGAGGAAAGCUCCUGGGACGCAGAGGCGUACUUCACCAGUGCGAAUUACCAAGCGAAGAAGUUAGUGUUUUUGCUCUUCAUCAAUCAUCGAUUGGUGGAAUCUGCCAAAAUUAGGAAAGCAGUCGAGGCGGUCUACACUGGCGUCUUGCCCAAAGGCGCCUCGCCUUACGUCUACUUCAGCUUGAACAUCGACCCACGCUCCGUGGACGUCAACGUCCACCCGACGAAGCGCGAGGUGCACUUCCUUAAUGACGACGAGAUCGUCGAGCGCAUAUGCGAUGCCCUGCAGGAAAAGCUGGUCGGGCAGAGCCAGAGCCGUGUGUUCGAGUAUCAAACUCUGCUCACGGGCGGUAUCGCCGAGACGCCAACACAGGACAACGGAAAGGGGAAGAAGCGUGCGCGGGACGAGGACGAGAUGGACGUCGAUGAAGCUGAGCCCCCGCCGACCUCUCAAGCAGCGAGGCCCAAGAAGAUGCUUUCUCAACACAAAGUACGAACGUCUCUGCAGGACCGCACGCUCGACUCGAUGUUCCCCGUCUUCAGUCCCUCGCAACAGCGGAGUGGCAACGGCUCGGGGGGCGGCUCGCCCAACACGGGUACGGGCACGGGGACGCCUCCCCAGAACGCACCGAGAGUGAGAGAGAUCAAGGAGUCGCAAUGUUAUCUGUCGUCAGUGAAGCAGCUGCGGGCAGCAGUGGUCAAGGGGAAGCAUAAUAAUCUCACGGAGAUACUGCAGAAGCACACAUUCGUGUGUAUUGUGGACGUGAACAAGUGUCUAUCGCUCGUUCAGCAUUCGACGAAGCUGUACCUCAUCAACCACGGAGCCCUCGCUGAGGAGCUGUUCUACCAGCUCGGUCUCCGACAAUUCGGUGACAUGAGCAGACUGCGGCUAGACCCUGCACCACCGCUGCGUACGCUGGUGACCCUCGCAGUCGACGUGGAAGAGGGUGUCGAGCGGAGUAAGAUGACGCGGCCACAGAUCGUAGACUGCAUCGUCGAUACUCUGAUAUCACGGCGGGAGAUGCUAGAGGAGUACUUCUCGCUGGGCAUUAGCGCGGACGGCAAAGUCGAGACACUCCCUAUGUUGCUCAGGGACUGCACCCCAAAUCUGGACAAGCUUCCCCUCUUUCUCAUGCGUCUCGGCCCCCAGGUUGACUGGACGGCCGAGAAAGAGUGCUUCGAGUGCUUCCUCCGCGAGCUAGCUUUCUUCUACGUCCCAGAGCCGGUAAUCCAGAUAUCCCUGGAGGACAUGUCUGAGCAAGAGAAAGCGGAGGAUAAGGCGGUGCAGUGGCAGAUCCAGCACGUCUUGUUCCCGGCGGCGGCUCGAUACCUCGCUGCGCCGAAGUCGCUCUUGGACCGGGAUGUCGUUCAAGUCGCGAACUUGCCGGAUCUGUACCGUGUAUUUGAGAGAUGCUGAAUACUAUGUACGGUUCUGAGGAGCUUCUCCAAAUUCCCUACCCUUUGAGUCCUC